AUGACGAUGGUCCCCCUCGAUCCCUCGUCCAAGCCCACCUCGCAGCGUCGCAUCGCGGAGGGCGACACCGUGGUGGUGUACGAGCACCACGACGCGAUGCGCGCCGUCGCGGUGCGCCCCGGCGGCGUGCUCCAGAACCGGUUCGGCGUCUUCCGCCACGACGACUGGAUCGGCCGCCCCUUCGGAUCCAAGGUAUUCGGUUGCGGCGGAGGUAGUAAUAAGGGCGGCGGCGGCGGCGGAGGCAAGGCCAAGGCAGGCGGCGGUGGGUUCGUGCACCUCCUGGCGCCCACCCCGGAGCUCUGGACUCUGGUGCUCAGCCACCGCACCCAGAUCCUUUACAUCGCCGACAUCAGCCUCGUCGUCGCCUACCUCGAGCUUGUACCCGGCUGCGUCGUUCUCGAGUCGGGUACGGGAAGUGGAUCGCUCACCACUUCGCUGGCACGCGCCGUCGCGCCGCAUGGCCGUGUCCACACCUUUGAUUUCCACGAGCAGAGGGCCGCCUCAGCUAGGGAAGACUUUGAGAAGAAUGGCUUGAGCAGCCUCAUCACAGUUAAUGUGAGGGAUGUACAAGGGUUAGGAUUCCCAGAGGAACAUUGUGGUGCUGCUGAUGCUGUCUUCCUGGACUUGCCCCAGCCUUGGCUUGCAAUACCAUCUGUUGGGUUGAUGCUAAAGAAAGACGGUGUUCUAUGCUCCUUUUCGCCUUGUAUUGAGCAAGUGCAGCGUGCUUGUGAAGCCAUGAAAACAUGUUUCACAGAUAUUAGAACCUUUGAGAUUCUUCUUCGCACGUAUGAAGUACGAGACGUUGCUCUGAAGAGUGUCACCUCCGAGGAUGCAUGUGUGGGGCCUCUUCCGCAGAAAAGAAGAAUGUUGACAGCCCCAGGUGAAAACACAGAUUUCCCACAAAGGAGCUCCUCCAUUUUGAUGCAGGAAGUUUUUGAUCCACCAGAAACAGAAAGGAAAGCAGAAACAAAAAUUGGUACAACCAUUAGGAAGGAUAUGAUUUUCGAGCAAGAUUCAUGUUCUUCAUAUCAAUUAUGGGGCAGUAUGAAAUUUGAAGAAGAUGGUCAUUUGCUGUCCCAGGCAAAGAGGGAUUUGUCACAUUUGGAUUAUCAAGCACAGUUUGUCGACACCAAAUAUGUUACUGAACUUGGGUCACAUGCAUGUUCGAAGGAUCCACUGCCACUGGGAAGAGAUUAUCAUACACAGAAGCCACACUUUCCUACUUCAGCCUGUUCUUGGGAGAAGUCUUCUGCAUUAGAAGCGGCAUCAAGUAGCCCAGAUGCAUUAGGGCAUGCAUUGGGGACAAUGAGAACCAAAACCAACACCAUCAGUGCAAGGCCAGAUUAUCUUGCUUCGUAUCCUACUAGUGCUCCUCACAUGCGGAAGUGUCCAGGAGCAGUUGAACUUGAUUAUGGUUUAGAUCAUUCAGAACAUUGCUACAGAAGAUCAGACCUUACUUCCUUUUCAAGCCGCAAUGGUCGAUCUGUAGAACAUUGCAAAGAGAUGGUUGGAUUUGGAUAUGCCAGAGGGUCCCGCUAUGCAGAUGAGAUCAAUCCUGUUCCAUGUCAAUGGUGCUUUGAGGAUGAGAUCCUUCUUUAUCUAGAAAGAAGUAUGAUGAGGCACCUUCAGUACCAAGAGGCCUGCAGUAUGGCGAUGAGAUCCCUUCUUUAUCUAGAAAGAAGUAUGAUGAGGCACCUUCACGCUCAAGUCAGUGGCACUUUGGUCCUCAAACCGCACUGUCCUCAGGGAGACUUGGCUAUGGUGAUGAGAUCCCGUCACUGUCUCUUCACCAUGGUUACCGAGAUAGGAUCCCUUUGCGUUCUGGUCAUUGGUGCCAUGAUGCUGAGGCAUGUAUACUGUCAAGAUACCAGCAAGUCAUAUAGUGAAGAUGACAUUCAUAAAGGUAUCAAAUAUAACGUUUGGGCAAGUACACCAAAUGGGAACAAUAAGCUGGAUGCUGCAUACCAUGAAGCUCAAAAUUUAAUGAAGGACAAUGGUGAAAGGUGCCCUGUCUUCCUAUUCUUCUCGGUCAACACCAGCGGCCAGUUCGUAGGUUUGGCUGAAAUGUUAGGUCCUGUUGAUUUCAAGAAGACCAUGGACUUUUGGGAAGAAGAUAAAUGGAAUGCCUUUUUCCCUAUAAAAUGGCAUAUUAUAAAAGAUGUUCCAAAUCGGUUGUUCAAACAUAUAAUUCUUGAAAACAAUGACAACAGGCAGGUUACUUUUAGCAGGGACACGCAGGAGAUCGGGCUGCCACAAGGUGUGCAAAUGUUGAAAAUUUUCAAGGAUCAUCCUCAGGGAACAUCAAUUCUGGAUGAUUUUGAUUUUUAUGAAGAAAAAGCUAAUGCACGCCGUGCUGAAAAGAGAGGAAAUUCAGAGUCGACAUAUGAAGCUCGAUGCUCUGAUGACUUGAAACCUAUGGAAAACUUGGAGGGAAGCAUGGAGAGUUGGAGUUUGUUCGAGAAUUGGGAGUAA